UUUUCCAUUAAUUCCGCUCUCUCUCACACACACUAUCCCAUUCCCACUCGUUCUUCCCACGCAACGCAUUCUUCAAACUGAAAACAAAACAAUAAUAAUAAUAAAAAUCCGAGCUUGCAUUAAUUGAAUAUAAGAAAUCCAAAAAAGUUAAGAUACCCCACAACAACCACCGUUUUUGAUAACAUCUUUCUUUCUUUGAUUCAUCUUCUCUCUUUUAUGUUAUUGCAAUUUGCUUUAAGACUCACAGACAAAAUAGCCUUUUUUGUUUUUUUAUGGUGUGAGUGACUGUUAUCAACAGCAAUUAAUUCCAGUGGCAACGGUUCCUUCCUUUGAAUGAAUGUACCAAUUCAGUAACCCUGUAACGGUUCGUUUAUGUGUGAAGUGAGGGACUUUUGUUGAAGGGAGAGUGACUUGGAGUUGGAGAGAGAGAGAGAGACCCAGAUAGAUGGAUUUUUCAUCGUUCUUGACGUCCCUUGGAACGUCCUUUGUGAUUUUUCUGAUUUUGAUGAUUCUGUUUGCAUUGCUAUCAAGUAGGCCUGGUAACAAUGUCGUGUAUUACCCCAAUCGGAUCCUCAAGGGCUUCGAUCCCUUCGAAGGUGGCUAUAAGACUCGCAACCCUUUCUCUUGGAUCAAGGAGGCCUUGUCCUCUUCAGAACAUGAUGUCAUCGCCAUGUCUGGGGUCGACACUGCCGUCUACUUUCUCUUCCUCAGCACCGUGUUUGGUAUCCUAGUUUUAUCUGGCAUUAUUCUGCUCCCGGUUCUUCUGCCUGUUGCUGUUACUGACGAUGGUGUGAAGAAACAAACAACUAGCGCUAGGACUUUCAAUGAACUCGACCACUUAUCAAUGGGAAACAUCACAGAGAAGAGUCCCAGGUUGUGGGCAUUUUUAAUUGCCUGCUAUUGGGUUUCACUUGCUACAUUUUUCCUCUUGUGGAGGGCAUACAAGCAUGCGUCAUGGCUGCGAUCUGAAGCUCUUAAGUCUCCUGAAGUGAAGCCCGAACAGUUUGCUGUAGUUGUGAGAGACAUACCUCCUGUACCUGAAGGUCAGACUAGGAAGGAACAUGUUGACUCUUAUUUUAAAACCAUCUAUCCAGAGGCAUUUUACAGGUCUAUGAUUGUAACAGACAACAAAAAGGUGAACGAGAUUUGGGAGGAGUUAGAAGGGUAUAAGAAGAAGCUUACCCGUGCAGAAGCAAUAUAUGCAGAGUCAAAAACAACUGCCAAACCAGAAGGAACAAGACCUACUAACAAGACUGGCUUCCUUGGACUUAUUGGUAAAAAGGUGGAUAGCAUAGAGUAUUACACUGAAAAGGUUAACGAAUUUGUUGCCAAAUUGGAAUCUGAGCAAAAGGUCACUCUAAGAGAAAAGCAGCAAGAUGCUGCUUUGGUCUUUUUCUCAAGUAGGGUGGUUGCAGCAUCUGCAGCUCAGAGUUUACAUGCACAAAUGGUUGACACAUGGUCAGUCUUUGAUGCUCCUGAACCCCGUCAACUACUAUGGCCUAAUUUGAAAAUCAAGUUUUUUGAAAGAGAACUGAGGCAGUACAUGGUGUAUGUCAUUGUCGCGCUGACGAUAUUCUUUUACAUGAUUCCAAUUACAUUUAUAUCUGCGUUAACAACUUUGGAUAAUUUGGUGAAGCUUCUCCCAUUCAUAAAGCCAGUUGUGAAUAUAAAGGCGUUGAGGACAGUGUUAGGAGCUUAUCUCCCUCAACUUGCACUUAUUAUUUUCUUGGCUUUGUUGCCCAAGUUGCUUCUGUUUUUGUCUAAAUUGGAGGGCAUUCCAACUGAAAGUCAUGCAGUCAGGGCUGCAUCUGGAAAAUAUUUCUAUUUUACCGUGCUGAAUGUUUUCAUUGGAGUUACUAUAGGUGGAACCUUGUUCAGCACAUUCAAGACCAUUGAGAAGCACCCGAAUCAACUUGUGCCCAUGCUGGCUAGCAGCCUCCCGGGCAAUGCUACCUUUUUCUUGACCUAUGUGGCCCUGAAAUUUUUCGUUGGCUAUGGCCUUGAACUGUCCCGAAUAGUUCCUCUUAUUAUAUACCAUUUGAAGAGAAAGUAUCUUUGUAAAACUGAAGCUGAGUUGAAAGCUGCUUGGUUUCCUGGAGAUCUUGGUUAUGGAACUAGAGUUCCUGGUGACAUGUUGAUUGUCACCAUUGUCUUGUGUUACUCUGUUAUUGCUCCUCUGAUAAUCCCUUUUGGCGCUCUGUAUUUUGGCCUUGGAUGGCUUAUACUGCGAAAUCAGGCACUCAAAGUCUAUGUACCAUCAUAUGAAAGUUAUGGAAGAAUGUGGCCCCACAUGUUCAAACGCAUACUAGCAUCUUUGAUAUUAUACCAAAUUACCAUGCUUGGGUACUUUGGGGUGCAGAAAUUCUACUAUACACCAUUGUUGAUUCCUCUUCCCAUACUUUCGUUAUUCUUUGCUUUCGUCUGUUCAAAGAAAUUUUAUCCCGCUUUUGAACGUCCGGCACUUGAGGUUGCAGCUCAUGGGCUUAAGCAAGUUCCCAACAUGGAAUUGAUUUUCAGAUCUUUCAUUCCACAAAGCUUGAGUUCUGAGAAGAUUGACGAUGACCAGUUUGAAGAUGCUUUGUCUCAAGUUUCAAGAGCAACAUCAUUUGUUUGAUGUAUUUAUCUGAAUUUCAACACGUUUAUAUCUGUCAGUUGUAAUCUUGUAGUGAUACUUUUAGAUAUUUUAUUACCUGUUGAUAACACGUUUUAGGAACCAGGGUUGUUGACUGAUUGUGAUAUAUGAUUAUGUAAGAUAAUAUUGGGUGAUCUGGUAAUAUUAUUAUUCAAUGUUGGUUUGACUUGUAAUAGUAAUGUAUAAGUCCUCUGUCUGAUGUUCUCUAUAGU